GCAGUUCUUAUUUACUGUGGAUUUCUAAACAAGUUUUGCGCUUGACUGCACAGACCCACCAAUACAUACAGACCAUCCUCACUUCCUCCACAGUUACUCUGCUUCUGCAACAGCUGCUGCGUUUCUUCUUCUUGUUGCAGGGCCAGGACUGCACAGCGCAUGCCUAUUGCUUUCCUUCCACUCUCAAGCUCUAGCGCUUGAUGGAUCACGGAAAAUUGCUCAAAUCUCCGGUAUUUGAAAAUCGAUUCUUCGAAAGGUUUAACUUUUUUCCAACUCAGGUAGCACUUUAGCGGCCAACUAUCUGUCUGAAUUGUGAUUCCAGAAUGCUAGUCAAUUUAUGUGAUGAUAAUGAGGGAAUACAAGAGUUGAAAAUUUUCUUGCAAAGAAAAUCAAGGAUUUGAGGCAGUAUGCACUGGAUUUGUUGAGUGAAACAUGAAUGUUAGGAUCUAAGCCCAUUAAUAUACCUGUAACUGCUGAUGAUGGUGAAUUGGUGCCAAAUCCGAGACGGUGUAAGAGGAGGACUGCUUGUCAUUGCAGGAGGACUGCUUGUCCUUUGAUGUGCUGUUACUAUUCUUCUAUUCUAAUAUCACUUCUUCUUUUAUUAAAAAAAAAAAAAAAAAAAUGAAGAAAGCUGAUGGCAAUGCCCCUGGGCCAAGGGGGAGGAUCACCCUGUAAAUCGCCACCUCCCAACUCUGAUGCCUUCAUAUUGGGAAAGUUACUGAAGAGCUGGACAAAUGGAUUGAGAAAUUUUCAAAACUCUUAUUGGCUCAAUAAGAAUAUGGGUUUUCUACAGUUGGUCUUGAUCAACGAUACAACUGAUGCUUUAUGUAUUGCCGCAAAGUUCUGGGAGGGUAUUUGCAAGAUUAUUUAAGUUAAUCAUCGAUAAUUGUUCUCUAUCUAAAGAAUUGUCUCUAUCAAGUUUAGGAUCUGUUUGUAACUUCUUAUAGACACAUGGAUGCAAGUGAAGUUUCCGUCAAUGUUCAUGACCAUGGUAAGCCUCUAGAUGAGCGAAAGAAGAAAGUGCAGUGUAACUAUUGUGCUAAAGUGGUAAGUGGAUUCAGCCGUCUAAAGUACCAUAUUGGUGGCAUUCGUGGAGAUGUGACUCCCUGUGAACAAGUUCCCCCAAAUGUGAGACAAUUGAUGAGAAAUGAGUUACUUGAUAAGAAAAAAGGAAUGCUGGGCAAGGAAGUUGGGGAGCUGCAGCACCCAAAUCUUCCACUGAAGAGGAACUGGUGCGAAAGCUCGAAUGGCAUAAAGUCUGCUAAGCUUGAAAACAAUCAUAUCAGUUUAUCAGGCAGAAAGAAAUUGGAGGACUGUGUAUCAGAGUACAGUGUGAGGGAUACGGUUCCCAAUGGGAAAACAGGUCCCCAAGCAACCACCAAUAGCAGGGAAGGAAAAGAUUCCUCAUCAAUGCUAGUCCAAAAAUGCAUUGGUAGAUUCUUCUUUGAAACAGGUAUGGAUUAUAGUGCUAUCAAUUCUCCUAGCUUCCGAAGAAUGCUAAAUGCCACCCUAAGUCAUCAUCAGGUUGGUUUUCAGAUCCCCAGUUGUCAAGAGUUGAAGGGCUGGAUCCUUCAGGAUGAAGUAAAGGAGAUGCAGCAAUAUGUGGAGGACAUAAAACAGUCAUGGACAGCCACAGGUUGCAGCAUUUUAUUAGAUGGAUGGACUGAUGAAAAGGGCCGAAACCUGAUCAACUUUCUUGUAGAUUGCUCUCGUGGCACAAUUUAUCUCCAUUCAACUGAUAUUUCAGAUUUCAUUGAAGAUGUUGAUGCCCUGUGCUUGUUGUUUGAUGGUAUUAUCGAAGAGGUUGGGGUUGAAAAUGUGAUUCAAAUUAUCUCAUAUACUACGUCUGAUUGUAUGGUUGCCGUGGGCAAGAAGUUGAUGGAGAAGCACGGAACUGUGUUUUGGACUGUGAGUGCUUCUCACUGCAUAGAGCUCAUGUUAGAUAAGAUUAAAAUGAAGGAUUCAAUUAGAGGGAUACUAGACAAAGCCAAGAUCAUUACAAGGUUUAUUUACAACCAUGCAACAGUGUUGAAGCUUUUGAGAAAUCAUACCAAUGGCCGUGACAUAUUUAAGCCAUCCAAGAUUAAGUCAACAUUGCCCUUCUUGACUUUGGAGAAUAUUGUAACAGAAAGAGAAAACUUGAAGAAGAUGUUCUCAUCAUCUGAUUGGAAAACAUCAAUUUGGGCUUCUAGGUCAGAGGGAAAGAGGGUGGCUGAUUUAGUUGUGGAUCGUUCAUUCUGGACUGGGGCCAGGAGUGUCUUGAAGGCAGCUAUUCCGCUGGUGCGCGUUUUGUGUCUGCUCGAUGAAGAUAGCAAAGAAAAAAUGGGUUACAUAUAUGAAACCCUUGAUCAAGCAAAAGAAACAAUCAGUGAAGAGUUUAAUGACAGGAAAUCUCAGUAUUUGCCGUACUGGGAAUUGAUUGAUGGGAUUUGGAACCCCGUUCUCCAUAGUCCUCUCCAUUCUGCUGGUUACUUUUUGAAUCCCUCUCUCAAAUAUUCAAGUGAUUUCUUUUUUGAUUCAGAGGUUGGUAGCGGUCUUCUGUGUUGUGUUGUCCGCAUGAUACAAGAUUGUCACACUCAAGAUUUAAUAUCGAAUCAGAUUGAUAAAUAUCGAAGGGGUGAGGGUGUUUUUUGUGUGGGAGGGGAAGCCAUGGAAAGCAGAGAUCAAUAUCCUCCAGCCCUCUGGUGGUCCUAUUAUGGAGGACAGUGUCCUGAGUUGCAAAGGCUUGCAUUUCGAAUUUUAAGCCAAACAUGUGAUGGUGCAUCAAGAUACAGGCUCAAGAGGAGCUUGGCCGAGAAGCUUCUGGCAAAAGGUAGAAACCUCAUAGAGGAACAACAAUUGAGGGAUCUGACAUAUGUUCAUUACAACCUGCAGCUGCAGCAUUUCAAUUCGGGCUUAAACUGUGAUAUUGAUGACGAAGAGAUCGACUCUAUGGAUGAUUGGAUUGCAAAUGAAGUCGAAGGUACUGACUUUCAGAAUGGUGAUUCAGCAUGGAUAGACCUGGAUUGUGGAGGUACAACCAUUUCUGGAGGAAUCAUUAAUGGGGAAGGAACUUCCAGUUUUCAUCCAAAAGAGGAACCCGGGUAAAAUAAAAUUGUAACCAAAAAAUGGAACAAAAUGUAGCGUAGCAUAAAUGUAGCAAUAUAUGCGUAGACGAUCAGUAGACAUGGUUGUUGCUUCUCUUAUAAUAGACAAUAUUUUCCCCAA